CAACAAUCACGAAGAUCACUAAAAGAUUCUGGAAUAAAAAUCCUUUACAGUCUCGGGAGAGAGCCAAUGAUGGCUGGGAUUGUGGCCUGCAUCCUUCUUGUAUUUGUCACUGUGAUCACUGCCCAGCCACAGGCAGUUUUUUUGGAGUAUAUACAAGGAAGGAUGGGUGUUCUGGAGGAGAGAAUAGCACAGUGGCAUGACCAGAGUAGUCGGUUUAGUGGAGAACUUCGGGAUUUCAAAAAUCAAGUCCUGAAAAUGCUUGAGAAUAUUGAGAAGGAACGGGAUAGUUUAAGAAAUGAGAUGGAGAACACCAAUGUUCGAGUGAACCGGUUGGAGCGAGAGGUGGACUACAUUGAAACACAGAACCCUGCCCCACCAUGUGUGGAGAUCGAUGAAAAGUUGACAGAUCAUCAUGGUGCCAAGAAAAAGAAGAAAGAGAAAUAUCAGAAGAUAACAGAUUGCAGUGACACCAUAUCUCAAGUUACUGCCAUGAAGAUUUUGAAACGCUUUGGGAGCUCUGCAGGCCUUUGGACCAAGGACCUAGCUGGAAAUUCAGAUCGGAUCUACGUCUUUGAUGGGGCUGGUAAUGACACUGUGUAUAUGUAUCCCCGUAUGAAAGAAUUUACCCUUUCAUCUCCCACCCGCAAGGCAGCCAAGAUUAGGCUUCCAUUUCCUUGGAUUGGCACAGGACAUAUUGUUUAUGAUGGCAACCUCUACUAUAUCCGGCAAGACAAUGAAUUUCAGGUCAUCAAGUUCAGCUUGGCCAACAAAACUAUUAUUGAUAGUGCUGUCUUACCAAUUGAACAACAAGUCCCAGUGUAUGGUCUAUCAAAAUUUAACUACAUAGACAUUGUUGCUGAUGAAGAAGGGCUUUGGGUCAUUUAUGCCACUAAAGAAAACGAGAAAAACAUCUGCUUAGCCAAACUGGAUCCAAGUAGCCUUAGCAUUGAGCAGAUGUGGGACACGCCAUGCCCCAUAGAAAAUGCUGAAAGUGCUUUUGUGGUCUGUGGUUCUCUCUAUGUAGUGUAUAACACUAAGCUUCCAAGUCGUUCACGGAUCCAGUGUGUUUUUGAUGUCAGCGGUACCAUAUCUAGUGAAAAUGUGCCCAUUGUUUACUUUCCAAAGCGGUAUGGGUCCCAUUCCAGCAUGAAAUAUAACCCUAGGGAGAAACAGAUUUAUGCUUGGGAUGAUGGCUACCAGAUUAUAUACAAACUAAACAUGAAGCAUAGAGAUGAACUUUAUUAGACGGAUAUCAGGAUAUUUCUGUUGUUUACUUCUGUCCAUUUAUCCAUUUCUAUUAUUGCUGUUCUGUGCCAUGCAUAAAUGCACAUGUUUGCCAUCGGAAAAGGGCGUUUUCUUCAAAUAUAACCACUUGUGAUUCUUCAAACUUUGCUUUCUAUUUCUGACUGACCUUAUAGUUCAUAUUAAUUUUAAAUGUGUUAUUAACUGUAAAAUGCCUUUUCCUACAUUUUGCAGCAUUAUUUAGAACAACACCCAUUUUAUAUCACUGAUGGUAAAUUUGCUUCCAUAGGUAGAGGAUAAAUAUUUAUGGAGGCUUGAGUGUUGCUAUACAUGAGCCAGCAUUGAAGGUACAACUAAUGGCCCCCCAUGCUGAACAGGUGCAAUGUGGCCCUACUUAAGAAUAGUCCAACUCUAUUGUUCUAUUCACUCAGGCCUACUGCCCAAAUGGUCAGAUAUCAGAGGAGGUUUAGAGGAGCUGCAUUUAUCAUUAAAUAAAGCUAAUAUAAUUUAACAGCCAUUGAUUUAUGCAGCUAAUUUACCAUAAAGUACAAGUUUUGUUAAUAUUAUAACAGAGAAAAAGGACAUAAUAGUUAAUAAUUAGAAUUAUUUUGCAUAAUUGAAGUAUAUGGAAGAUGACCUUCCUGUAAUUUUGAACUUUUUGGAUAACAGAAUUUUGGAUAAGGGAUUCCAUGGCAACAUACUAUAAAAUUUUCCAGCCUUGAGGAACUCGCCAAAAUAGCAGCAAAGUAUUUUUUAUAAUUGCCAUCGGGUAUUCCAAGCUAGGGACAGUAUAUACUUGUUCACGUUUUCAUUUGAGAACAAGUUGUCACUAAUGAUAUUAAAUUGCACAAUUUUUUUGUACAGGUAUUGUAUCCCUUAUGCAGAAACCCAUUAUCCAGAAAGCUCUGAAUUACAAGAAGGCCGUUUCCCAUUAAACGGUACAUUGUACUUGAUCCCAACUAAGAUAAACCCCAGGUCCCAAGCAUUACGGAUAACAGGUCCCAAGCCUCUAUUAUCAUAAAGAUGCCAUACCAGUAAGUGAAUUGCUAUGUGUUACUGAACUGGGGCAAUCUUUGCUUCGAUUGCUACAUAAUAAUGAAGAAUGGAUCAGAGCAUUUUGCUUUUCAAUUAAAAUAUAUUUCUGGAUAUUAUUUUGUAUAUAUUACUCAAGAGGGUCAGUGAAGUGAUGCUUUAUUUUUACUUUAUGGAAACAAAAAUACUCUUUGCAUUGAUGGCUGCGCCGUUAGAAAUAGCAAAUGUUUUUUCAUUCAGUAUACUUAUGUUUAUUGAAGUCGCAUGCUAAGCUCUGUAUUGCAGAUAUCCAUGUUAAAGCCCAUGCACUGGUAUAUACUGAGACUGUAUGGAUAUGAAAGCCGUCAGAGUUACAUUAAACAUUUUUUGUACAUAUAUAUUAACCAGGUGCUUUUCUUUUUAGCCAGACUUGCAGUGCAAUGCCCUUUAGAAACAAAAACAGUCAUUUUUGCAUAUAAAUGUAUCUGUUUUCUACAUAUAUAUUCCUCACAAUAUUUAUCAGAUCUUUGCACUGGCCUUGUUUAUUGAUUCAUUUACAUCUACUAGCACUUGGGCUCAUUUCUGAUAUAACCUAUACAAGCUGUGAAGUGCAGAUCAGUGGGAUGUAUGAUAGAACACAUGCUGCUAGCCAAUAUCUUUGUCAUUAUGUUUUGAAUAAAUCAAGUCUAAUAUACAAUGUGUAUAAACAGGUAAUUACUCCUGUUCUUGGAAGGUUGGCAUUUAGUGAGCUGAAAAUAAAAGAUUGCAGUCAUACAGUAAUUAUUGUAUCAUUAUGCUUGGUUGAUGGAAAUGUUUCCGUUGCCCGUGCUUCAACUUUUGAUGCUUUAAGUGAAUAGCUGCAUUUGUAAAUAAAAAAGAACCACAACAUUCUCAUCGAAUUUUAGUGCUUUCUAUUGCUUUCUAAUAAAAAAAAGAUAUAGACAAUGUAGACUACAGAUAAAGGGGUUCAGUUCCAUAAAUUGUACUUUAAAUAACAGUAAAGUAUACUAUUGUAGAUGUUUGUCUGAAAGACAAUUUUGUUUGUUGCCUUUGCUUAAAAGGGAGCAGACAAGGUGUCGUUUAUUACCACCCUUUCAAGGCUGUACAUCUAUCCAACUGUAAUAAAAUUAUGAAGGACUUUAAUUACUUAAAA